AUGGUUAUUGCACCUGAACUGUCCAAAUCUCUCUUAUAUCUCUACAAUGUUGCUCCUCGCCGUCUUACUCAUGCUCAGAGUGGCAGUGCCGGUAUUGGGAUGUUGCAAUCCAACGGCCACGGCAACCCAAACUCAGAUAUCAACAGUUACACAAACUCAUUUUUCGACAGUUACACACACUCAAGUUUCAACAGUGAAAGAAACUCAGAUCUUGGCAGUGACAGAAACCUAGAUCGCGGCAACUACGACGUCGACUUGUCAAUCAACAACUUCCGGCACAACACAGUCCAGUUCCUUCGCCACCUUUACACAUCCAGCAACCUCCUCACUUGGGUCCCUCGCCUUCACAUCGAGAACCCAAUCUUUCACUACCUCUUUCGAACCACUGAUUUUGUCACCUGCAUCCAUGACUAUCCGGCAACUGCCACUGAUUCUGGAUGGAUCACGGUCACGGAGUAAACGACUGAGACUUCCACAACCACUGAGUUCAUUUGCUCAACUAUGUUAACGCCAGCUGCUUCGUCUUCUGCCACUGCAGCACCCAUAUUUUGC